AUGGAAUGUAUUAAUCGUUCUAUUCGUUUGAAAACCAAAUGUUGUUCAUUAAUUCAGAGUCAAUUUACAAAUAUGUAUCAAAAAUCAUCAUCAAUACUUCUUGUUGAUUCUUGUCAACAAUCGAAGGGUCCAUUAUCAAACAUAGUUAAAGAUGAUCUAGAAUUAUUAGAUAAAAUGAUUGACAAAAUUCAACAAUGUACAUUAUGUGCAUCAAUGAAUGGUGGACAACACAAUCGUCUAUCAACAUCAGCCACAACUAUCACCGAUUUACCAACAACAAAAAUAAUUCAUGAUUAUUCAGCAAAAACAGGAAUAAGCUUAGGUGAAAGAACACCACCUUCUCCUAAAUCAACAAUUUCAAAAAUACAACACGAAUAUUUAUAUAAAUUUGAAUUACCACAACAGCAAACGGCCACAACUUUACCCUUAAAAUUCGUUUCAUCGCUAAAACAAUUGUUUUCUAUCUUAGAUAAAACAAAUAGUGGUCGCGUGAACAUCGAUGUUUUUAAAAGAUAUUGGCCACCGUUAACAUCAACAACAACGGAUGAUGGUACGAAUGAGAUUCCAUUUGAUUUAAUAGAACAACUUGAACAAGAGUCGAAAUUGUAUAAUAAUCAAAUUACAUUUGAAUUGUUAUUAACUGUCAUAGAAAAAUCUCUACACUCUCUGAAAAUACCGGCUAAUUAUACAUCAUCUUCGACAUCAUCACUCUCCUCUUUAUCGGUCACAGCAUCCGUCAAACACCAAUCGUCGAAUACAACUCAGCAAAAAAUCGUCAAAAACCAUAAUAUUCCCUAUCGCCCAUCAUCAUUUUCAUUCAAUUCAACAGUGUCUGAUAUUAGCCAACGGCAACAACAUCGUUAUCGUCUAGAAACAGACAUUCAACAACGAGAAAAAGAACGACAACCACCAGCACUACAUAAAAUGAAGAAUAAUUUCUUGAAUGAUGGACACAUGGAAGAAGAUGGAGAAGAUGAUAGUAGUGGUCAUUCAAGUAAUAACCAAUCAUUAUUUUCACCACGUCUAAUCAAAAAUUUUAAUCAUAAGCAAUUGAAAAAAUCAUUAUCAAUCAAACAACAAAUUCAUGUACCAAAACCAGUGAAAAUAAUUAGAAAAGAGCAAAAUGACGUAUCUCAUAAUACAACGAUUCCGACACAAAACGGAAAACAUUAUUCGCAACAUCAUCCACCGCCCAUCUCUUUUCAACGAAAUGUAAAACAUAACAACGGGCUAUCGAUGACAAACUCCAAACAACAAUCUGCACAAUUAUAUCGUUCAACAAGUACAAUGCAAAGUUCAUCAUGUAAUAAACCUCUUGGCAAUCAGCAACAACGAAAAAAAGCUUCAUUUCAUGUCAAUCCGGUGUAUAGUAGUUAUAAUGAAAAUAGAGAUUAUUCGACAAAAAAUGCAAACACAAAUGGAAAUAGUUAUUACAGCUCAUCAAAUCAAAUGGAAACCACGGAGCAAAAAAAACAAAUUUUAUCUCAACAAACACAAACACUACCAUCCAUACUAGCGAAUCACAAUGAUAAUUCUAAUUUGAAUGCCGAUGCUCCCACCUUGUUAAAUCAUUAUAUCAAUGGACACAAUCCUUUACGUGUUCUACCAUCAUCCGAUAAUAGACGAAACACAAUUCAAUGCAAUGAUAUUGAUUUCUCUGUGAUUCGUGCGAUGAAACGAUUUGAAAUUGAACGUGAUUUAUUAUUACAAACAUGUGAUACAAUGGAAAGAGUAAAAUGUUUUUUAACAGAUAAACUAAGUGAAAUGAAAGAAAAGCAACGUUAUUAUUGUUUAAAAUUAUCAACAUCACAGUUUACCGGUAUUACUGCCGAACCUGUUUAUAAUCGAGAUUUAGUGGCAGAUUUAUUAAAGUUAGCCCAUAAUGUUUUAAAUGAGGCUCAAUACGAUACUAAAAAAUCUGAUCAAUCAUCAAGUUCUCAAUCAUCAUCUUCUUUUGGUGGUAGUCCACAAGUGACAAACAAUGGUAUUACAUCAUAUCAUUCGCAAUCUAAUCAUUAUCAGCAAUCACAAAGUACACCAUUAGUGAAUCCUGAUAAUAAUAACGUUGUUAAAAUAAAAAAUGAUCGAAUUAAUCAACUUGAAAAUGAAAAACGAAUUAUAAUUCAAGAAUUAAUUGAAUUACGAAAAAUGUCUAAAAAAAAAUGA